CCGUACGUAAUAAAGAAGAAGUACGUACUACGUACGACCAGCUGCUUGGUGCUGGCAGGAAGGUGUAUAUCAGUUGUUUUUCUCAUUCGCUGGGCGGCUGUGAAUAGUGAUAACGUUGUUUAUAUAUUACGUACUGGUACCUACUGUGUUAAUUUUCAUUUAAAAAAUCGCUCUUUGUUCAAUGUUCAGAUUUUUUCUUUUAAUUUAUCUAUAAUUUGGUGUUAAUGUGCGGGUUAAAUUAUUAAAAUCAAUUAACAAUUAGAUAAUCAUGUUGUCGGACGACUACAAGAACGACACGGUCAAGUUACCGAAUUCGAAGCUACGUCUACGAACAAAGUUUCUAAAGCAAUCGGAAAUCCUGCCUAAGCAUUACGAUAAGGAUAAAAUCCACUCAAACACACAGUACCCGAUACCACUCAGUCAUUUCGUGACUCAUUUAUGUUUCAUGAUCGUAGUUUAUGUGAUUAUUGUUUACAUGGAGAAAAGAUUACCGACUCCGUUGACGCUAAAAGACGAAUCCACCAAUCCAGAUCGUUUUAUAGCCGAAAGAUCUCGGAAUUAUUUACUGAAUUUAACGAAACUCGGCCCUAGGCCUGUGGGUAGUUUCGAGAACGAAGUCUUGGCCAUAAAUUUUUUCGUCAAAGAAAUCAACAAUAUUAUAAACAACGCGAAUAAAGCGCAUCGAAUAACGUACGAUUUGCAAAAAGUCAGCGGAUCUUUUCCGUUGACUUUUCUAGACGGAAUGACCAAUAUUUAUAAGGAUGUGCAAAACGUUAUCGUGAAAAUCGGACCCAUCAAGGAAUCCGCUCAUAGUCUUCUGGUUAAUUGUCAUUUUGAUACCGUUGUCGAUAGCCCAGAAAUUUUUCCAGGUGGAAGUGACGAUGGAGCAAGUUGCGCCGUUAUGUUGGAAAUAUUGCGAAUUAUUUCUAAAAUGAAUACUCCCUUGAAACACAAUAUUAUCUUUUUAUUCAACGGAGCCGAAGAAAACUACAUGCAAGCUUCGCACGGAUUCAUUACUCAGCAUAAAUGGGCCAAAAGUAUCCGAGCAUUUGUGAAUCUAGAAGCUUGCGGAGCUGGAGGUCGUGAAAUUCUAUUCCAAGCUGGACCAGAAAAUCCGUGGCUAAUUCAGGCGUAUUCUGACGUAGCUCCUUAUCCAUUGGCUUCGUCUCUGGCUCAAGAAAUUUUUCAGAGUGGAUUAGUACCCGGCGAUACCGAUUAUCGUAUAUUUCGAGAUUUCGGUAAAAUUUCAGGUUUGGAUUUCGCUUGGUCGUCAAAUGGAUACGUGUAUCAUACGAAAUUAGACGACGUACAUCAAAUUCCACUCGGAACCUUACAACGAACCGGAGACAAUAUGUUACCGUUGAUUUUAAGAAUAGCUAACUCCGAGCAUAUCUCAAAUAUACAAGAGUACCAGCACGGAAAUUUAGUAUUUUUCGACUUCUUAGGCACGUUUAUCGUAUCUGGAAAGGAAUUAAUUGCUACGGUGAUUAACGCGCUGGUAGCAGCUGCUUCGUUUUAUUCCAUAUGGUACAAUAUGAAACACUCGCAAGGUGUACCAAGAAAAGUAUACACUAAAGGAUUGACGUGGGGUGUCUGUAGUAUUUUAUUUUCUUGGAUAAUUACUCUGGUUUCUGUGAUGGUAAUCGCUUUUUUGAUUACGUUAUUGAAUCGACCGCUUAGCUGGUACGCUCGACCGCAAUGGAUAUUCUUUUUGUACAUUAUUCCUACCUUCAUUAUACCGGUUUUCAUCUCGUGGAGGUUUCAGAGGAAAUUUAAAUAUGUUUUUCCAUCGUCCAUGACGUUAUUUCAAGUUUACAACGACAGUAAUCUGUUGAUUUUCACAACCAUAUCGGUGUGUUUAACAUUAGCUCGAAUUCGGUCCAAUUUCAUCGUAUCGAUUUGGUUGGGAUUUUCAUUUUUGACUUGGGUUUUAAGAAAUAAACUAUCCAUGUUUUAUACAGAUCAUAAACAACUUUGGCUACAAACAUUUUGCAUGCUAAUACCAUUCAUUCUAAGUAGUUACAUUAUUAACGGAGUAGAAAUUUUUAUUGUACCGAUAAUGGGUCGAAGUGGUUCAGGCAAUCAUGCUGAGCUCGUGCUUUCAUUCAUUAUGUCCGUCAUGCUAGUUCUAAUGUUUAGUUUUUACGUUCCUAUUACCUUACUCGUUAAUAACUUGAAAACAGUUGUUAAAGCUCUAGCCGGUAUAUUCUUAGCUGCUGUUUUAGUUCUAUUAUUUACGCCGCUCGGAUUCCCAUACUCGGGAGAUUUAUUAGCACCUGCGCCACAACGUUAUAUGAUCUCUCACGUCGAACGAACGUUUUACGAUAUCGAAGGCAAAGUACGUAAGAAUGAUAGCGGAUUGUGGAUUUGUAAUAUGGAUGUGAAUAGCCCCAGAAUGGUCAGCGGUCUGAUUCCGGAUAUGUCCAAAGCUAAGCUUAUUGAAAAAGAUUGCGAAGAGGAGUUAUACUGCGGACUUCCUUAUAUUGUUCCCGUGAUGACAAUUAUGUGGGAGACGCAUUGGAUUCCAGCUCCUCGUCCUAUUCUACCCUCUAAUAUCGAAUUAGCUUUAACUUAUCGUGAUUAUAGACCUGAUAAUAUACAAAGAUUAUCUUUUCAAGCUAAAGGUCCUGAUCAUAUGACUUUGUUCGUUUCACCGUAUCCUGGAGUGGUAUUAAAGUCGUGGAGUUUGGUGGGUGGACCUCCACUGGAAGGACCGAAAUGGAAAAACAGAUCUACCUAUUACGUUUAUUAUUCUUACGGGUCUGAUCCGCAGCCUUGGAAUUUCUGGCUAGAUUUAGAGGUGGAAAAUGCAAAAAAAGGUGAACCAAUCGUGGAUUUAGGAUUCAGCGGGUACUUUAUACACGGUGCUCAUCAAACUACGCCUCAAUUGAAGAAACUCUUCUCACAAUUCCCUCCGUGGACGGUUACCACAGGUUGGACUUCAACUCUAAAGUCAUAUACGUUUUGAAACCAACGUUUACAUACCUAGAGUAACGCUUAAAGAAAGGUUGUCCUGAAGUCUUUUUACUAAAUGUAAAGUACAGAAAUAUGAAAAUGCAGUUUUUCGAUUUCCAUCGAAAAACAAAUCGUGAAGUCUGCACUGUGAUAUAUAUUUUAAGCACAUUUUUACUCCUUUAAAAAAAUGUUGUGUUUUUGUUCUAUUUUUUUUUUUAACAACUCGAAAACUUGAUUUGUGUUGUAAUACGUAUUAUAGAUGUGUAUGAUAAUUGAUAAACGAGAGGUAAUACAAUUUAUGCAUGUAUUUGAUUUUAUACCUACGCCAUGUGUAACUCAGUGAUAUAAAUAUUUAUAUUUUAAUCAUUAUUAUUACUGUUACGCUGCAAACAGUAUUUUUGUAUUUCUCCAUUUUAUACCUAAAUGUAUAUUUUGUAAAGGUUUUGUUUUUUUUCGUGUGUGUUAAGCCAAAAGGAGUAUAUUGUAGGUAUUUGUUUUUGUUGUUCAUUUUUUUAAAAAUGGUUUUGAAAAUACUUUUUUUUUAUUUUCAUUUUUUUUUUUGCUUAUAAUACCAUUAAUCAAAAAGGGUAAAGCGAUAUUGCAUUUAAUCUGUAUUUUUAAAUAUAAUUCAUAUUCGCGUAGCAAUUUAUAAAAAAACGAAACAUACCUUGUGGCAGUUUUUUUUACGUUUACUUUCAUGGCUAUUCUCAUAAAUUAUGAUUUCGCCUACCAUUCUAUUCUAUGUACCAAAAUAAGCCAAUGAAUUAUAAUUAAUUUAUGUUAUGAUCUCUUAUGAAAUGUAUUCUAGUUUAGUCUAGUAUUUCUUCCGCAUGAUGUUGUCAUAAGGCAAUAUGUUAUUUUCAUAAUAUAUCAUUAAUAGUUGUUGA